UUUCGUCUGAGAAAAUUCGGAGCUUUGGUUCGUCGGCGAUCAUGGAUAUCGAUCCAUUUUGGGAUAAGUGGAAUGCGGCGUCCAUUGUUGCCCUACUUAUCGGCCCUGUUACGCUGGUGAUGAUGAUUAUAUUGGAAAGGGUUGCGUUGAGAUGGUCGGCGUUGUGGCUCCCGUGCUGGAGAUCGAUGCAUCCGUUGUGGAUUUUGGUGUUCAGAAGCUGUGCGGCGUUGUGUAUGUCAUGGUUUCUUUACUACAGGAUUGUUCUUCUCGAUGGGAUCUUCGCUUUCUACUACUAUACUCAGUGGACGUUUGUAUUAGUCAUCAUCUAUUUUGUGAUUGGUGCAUGCAUUUCUGCUCAUGGAUGUUGGAUCUAUUCAAAAUAUCAUCCUCCUGACAAUGAGGAGGCCAAAGGACUUCUGGAGGGGGAUCUUGAAGAAAAUUGUUCUAUAAAAUUGACUUACAGAUCAAAACAAAACAGGAGCAUGCCCAAACUGCAAAGAUAUCUUGAAGAAGAGAAACACCAAAAUGCUGGCUUUUGGGGGUAUGUCAUGCAAGCUAUUUAUCAGGCCAGUGCAGGUGCUGUGGUGCUGACAGAUAUUGUCUUCUGGGGCCUUCUGGUACCUCUUUUCAUCAGAUAAACAGUUCAAGGUCAACCUGAUAACAGCUAGCAUGCAUAGUGUUAAUGCUAUAUUUCUUCUCCUCGACACUUUUCUCAAUAGCAUGAGUUUUCCUUGGUUCCGGAUAGGGUAUUUUGUUCUUUGGAGUUGUAGCUAUGUGGCUUUCCAAAUGCAUUUACAUAACUGGGACCUUUCAUGGGGGCCUGACCUUUUUCCUGAGCUUAAUACUCCAUGGAUUAUUCUCUGGUAUUUUGUUGUGGCACUGCUUCACAUCCCUUGUUAUGGUUUCUUUGUCCAGAUCAGAAAGGCGAAAAGCUCAUUUUUUUCAAAAUGUUUCCCCAAUGCUUAUAUAAGUUUAGAUUGAUACACUAACAUUUGUUUUUGAUUUAUUUUAUUUUAAAAAAAUAUAUAUUCUUUUUCUGUUUCAGUGAUUGUUAUGAACUCAUGAUCAUCCAGGAAUAAUUGUGUACAUGAAUGAAGGGGUGCAUUUUUCUCCUCCUUUUUGUCCAUUUGUAAAACUUGUAUAUU